UUAGUGCGUCCGUCGAUCAGAGUAUAGUCGAGUUUACCUGACAAACGUGUAUCUAUGAUUGCUCAAGUUUGUAUACUCGUGCCAUUCUCGCUGUUGUGUUUCAUUAAUUUUCGUGAAAUAUUGUGCCUGAACGGGAACACCAAGCGUCUGGAGCGUGUAUACGAGUACUCAUCGAAGAAGGAGUUAUGGGGGACGCAGCGAUGAACGUCGCAGCGUCCGGUCAGCGUAUUGUAAAAGAAGGCUGGCUUCAAAAACGCGGGGAACACAUAAAAAAUUGGAGGCCAAGGUAUUUCGUUUUGCGGGACGAUGGUACACUGGUCGGUUUCAAAGUGAAACCUGAUCAACAAAUGGCAGCAACCGCACAGCCUUUAAAUAAUUUCACGGUUCGAGGAUGUCAGAUUAUGUCUGUAGAUAGACCUAAGCCUUAUACCUUCGUAAUUAGGGGUUUACAGUGGGCUGGUGUAAUUGAAAGGACAUUUCACGUAGAAACGGAGCAAGAAAGGGAAGAUUGGGUAGCAGCUAUCAGGUAUGUAGCUGCUAGAUUAGCGAGCGAAAAGCAGCAGCAGCAACAAACGCAAAUGCAACAUUCGUCUUCGUCGGAAGAUGUUGAAAUGGAAUCUUCAGGUGGUGGUAGGUCGGAUUCAAGUGGGUCUGUCGGAAUAGUGUCUUCGGAUGCAGAUGGCGGCAGUAUAGACGAACUGUCCGCAAAGUUUAGUGUUCAAGGAACUUCGAGUAGUAAAAGUACAGGGAAGAAGAAAGUAACCCUUGAAAAUUUUGAAUUUUUAAAAGUUUUGGGUAAGGGGACAUUUGGAAAGGUAAUCCUUUGCAGAGAAAAGGCAACAGGGCACUUGUACGCUAUAAAAAUUUUACGAAAAGAAGUAAUUAUUCGUAAAGACGAAGUGGCGCACACACUUACCGAAAGUAGAGUAUUGCGUACUACAAAUCAUCCGUUCCUAACUUCUUUAAAGUAUAGUUUUCAAACAGCGGAUAGGCUGUGUUUUGUAAUGGAAUAUGUGAAUGGCGGCGAGUUAUUUUUCCAUUUGCGACGUUCUCGUGCGUUUGGCGAGGAUCGUACUCGAUUCUACGGGGCUGAAAUCAUUUCAGCGUUAGGUUACCUUCAUUCACAGGGUAUCAUUUAUCGUGAUCUCAAAUUAGAAAAUCUUCUUUUAGACAAAGAUGGACACAUUAAAAUUACUGACUUUGGAUUAUGUAAAGAAGACAUAACGUAUGGAAGAACGACGAAAACAUUUUGUGGGACUCCCGAAUACCUGGCACCAGAAGUGCUCGAAGAUAAUGACUAUGGACGAGCAGUAGAUUGGUGGGGUGUGGGUGUUGUAAUGUAUGAGAUGAUUUGUGGCCGAUUACCUUUUUAUAACAAGGACCACGAGAAACUUUUCACGCUUAUUGUAAUGGAAGAAGUAAAGUUUCCUAGAACUCUCAGUAACGAGGCGAAGGACAUGCUUGGCGGAUUACUUAUAAAAGAUCCGAGCAAAAGAUUAGGAGGCGGACCGAACGAUGCAAAAGAGAUUAUAGAUCACGCGUUCUUUUCGUCGAUCGAUUGGUCGGAUCUUGUACAGAAAAAGAUUCCACCUCCGUUUAAACCUCGAGUAUCUUCAGAUACGGACACCCGAUAUUUUGAAAGCGAAUUUACAGGUGAAAGUGUUGAACUUACGCCGCCCGAUCAAGGUUUCUUGGGCAGCGGAGCUAGUCUGAAUUCGAUAGCCGAAGAGCAAGAACAUUUUACUCACUUUUCGUAUCAGGAAAGUCACUCAGCAGCAACCUCUUCCAUCGUUUCCAUUAAUCACUGACAG